AUUGGCGGCGGGGUGUUAAUUGUUGGUCGAGGAGUUUAACUGCACGCACCGGCGCCGUGAUUCCCGCGAUGGAUCGUGUUUUGUAGCGACGCGCAGCCACGUUAAAUGAGAAGAUGGAGUUCCGAAGUGAGGAGAUGUGUCUGGCCCAGUUGUUCCUGCAGUCUGGUUCGGAAUAUGACUGCAUUAGUGAGCUCGGGGAGCUGGGACUGGUCGAGUUUCGAGAUCUUAACCCAAGUGUCAGCUCGUUCCAGCGACGCUUCGUCAGCGAAAUCAAGAGAUGCGAGGAGAUGGAAAGAAUUCUGGGCUACCUUCUCAGAGAAGUCCAGAAGGCUCAUAUAGCCAUUCCAGAUGAAGACGAGAGUCCAUUUGCUCCUCCCCCGAGACAAGUCCUUGAAAUCAUGGAGCAGCUCCAGAGGUUGGAGAUGGAGCUCAGCGAGGUAGCUCGGAACAAAGAGAAGCUGCAGAGGAACCUGUUGGAGCUGACGGAGUACACGCACAUGCUGAAGAUCACGCGGACCUUCAUGCACAGCCGCUCAAGACAUGAGGCUCUUGGUCCCCAGUAUGAAGAAUUUCCCACGAUGGAGACAGACUCUGUGACAGGGAGCACCGGUAUGCAAAGACUUGGAGCCAAGCUUGGUUUUGUUUCAGGUCUUAUCCAACGGGUGAAGGUGGAGGCGUUUGAGCGCAUGCUGUGGAGAGUGUGUAAGGGUUACACUAUCCUCAGCUAUGCAGAAGUUGACGAGAACCUCACUGAUCUUGACACAGGGGAGAGCAGUAAAAACGUUGUCUUUCUUAUCUCUUUCUGGGGAGACCAGAUUGGACAGAAAGUUCAAAAGAUCUGUGAUUGCUACCACUGCCAUCUUUACCCGCACCCAGAGAAUGACGAGGAGAGGGCAGACGUGCUGGAUAGCUUAAAGACGCGCGUUCAAGACCUUAACAAUGUGCUGCACCGCACUGAGGACUAUCUAAGACAGGUUCUGCAGAAGGCCUCCGAGUCGGCCUAUACUUGGGUGAUGCAAGUGAAGAAGAUGAAGGCUAUCUACCACAUCCUCAAUCUCUGCAGCUUCGAUGUCACAAACAAGUGUCUGAUUGCUGAGGUGUGGUGUCCUGUCAGUGACCUCGCAAACUUACGGGUGGCACUAGAAGAAGGCUCCAGAAAAGGUGAUGCCACCGUACCGUCGUUUGUGAACCGUAUCCCAAGUACGGACACUCCACCGACUCUGUUAAGAACAAACAAGUUCACAUGUGGCUUUCAGAGCAUCGUGGAGGCGUACGGGGUGGGGGACUACCGCGAGGUAAGCCCAGCUUCCUACACCAUUAUCACAUUCCCCUUCCUGUUUGCGGUAAUGUUCGGGGACCUCGGACAUGGCCUGGUGAUGAGUUUCUUUGCUCUGUGGAUGGUGCUGACAGAAAAAAAGCAGAAGAAGAAACGCUCCAAUAACGAGAUAUGGGUAACGUUUUUCAGCGGACGUUACAUCAUCCUCAUGAUGGGCCUUUUCUCGGUGUACACCGGGUUGAUUUACAACGACUGUUUCUCCAAGUCUAUCAACAUAUUCGGCUCCGGUUGGAGUGUCAAGGCGAUGUUCACGAAUCAGCAGUGGACAAAUAAAACUCUCCAAACGAAUGCUGUGCUCACACUAGACCCUAACAUCAGCGGUGUUUUCAGUGGGCCAUACCCAUUUGGCAUCGAUCCUAUAUGGAACUUGGCGGUAAAUCGUUUGUCCUUCCUCAACUCUUACAAGAUGAAGAUGUCAGUUAUUAUUGGCGUCAUACAUAUGACCUUUGGAGUAGUGCUAAGUGUCUUCAAUCAUUUACACUUCCAACAGAAGUUUAACGUCUAUCUGCUGUUUCUUCCUGAGCUCCUCUUCCUGCUUUGUCUCUUUGGCUACCUGAUUUGUAUGAUUUUCUACAAGUGGCUUGCGUUCGGUGCACGAGACUCCAGCCAGGCUCCGAGCAUCCUCAUCCACUUCAUCAACAUGUUUAUCAUGCAGGGAAAGGAUAUCGUUCCUCUCUACCCGGGACAGACUGGUCUGCAGGUUUUCCUUGUUCUGGUAGCUGUCCUGUCGGUUCCUGUGCUGCUGUUAGGAAAACCUCUUUACUUGUUGUGGCUGCACCGUGGAGGCAAAAGCCUGCGUCGAGGCAGAGGUUAUGAGAGGGUGAGGCGUGUUAGUGAGGACGACGGUUCCACAGUGCCAUCGUAUGAUGAUGAAGAGGAGGCAGGUGAUGGAAUGACCAUCAGAGGAGCUCUUUCAAAAGAGUUUGACUUUGCAGAUGUGCUGCUGCACCAGACUAUUCAUACAAUAGAGUACUGUCUAGGCUGCGUUUCAAACACUGCAUCCUACCUGCGUCUCUGGGCUCUCAGCUUGGCUCAUGCCCAGCUGUCAGAGGUGUUGUGGGACAUGGUAAUGCGCCUGGGUCUGAAGGUCACCACCAGACUCGGUGUUGCAUUUUUGGUUCCUGUAUUAGCCAUCUUUGCCAUGCUGACCACAUCAAUCUUACUAGUUAUGGAAGGCUUAUCAGCAUUCCUCCAUGCUCUCCGCCUCCAUUGGGUGGAGUUCCAGAACAAAUUCUACCACGGGACCGGCGUCAAGUUUGUGCCCUUUGACUUCACCCUUCUGCCCUCUGUUUUUGAGCAAGAUGGCUUGGUUUAAAAAACAAAACAAAACUGGAUUUAAACACAAUAUGAGUGGGGCUUCAUAAUUUAGGAUACCAGAAAUCGGAAUAAAUCACACUGUGAUACAACAACAAACCUUGAAGACAUUGGAUUUGAAGCUCACUCUUGUAGCAGCAUUUUAAAAUGUUAUCGCUGUGCUGAAUGCCUUACUUCUGUACCCAGCGAACUGCUGACUCUAUAGAUGGUCAGUUUGUUUGUUUUUUUAAAGACAUGGCGCUGCUAAGUUCUACUUGGUGCACUGGUUGGGUGGGUUUAAAUAUUUAAUUUGCAUUGUGCUGUGCAAACUAGAUUUGUAUUAUUUACAACACUGUUUUUAAGAUGAUAAAAUGUAAAGUGCAACAAAAGAAGCAAAAGAAAAAAGUUGCAUCAACUUCUACCUGUGACGAGCAUCCUGAUGUAGUGCCAUACAGAUUUAUUUCUUAUGAUAAUAUGAGGGUGCCGCUAACUUUAGUCUUUCAUAACUGUUCAUACCAAGUGAUUGAAACAAUGCUGUGGACAGUCUUCAAGUUUUCUCUGAUUAAAAAAAAACAAAAACUUAGCUUUUGGUUUUUUUUUUUGUGAGGAAUACUGUCACAACGCACUUUGCAGAAAUGAUUGUACGAUAAAAGGGUUUAAGUGAUGAUGCCAAAUGAAAACGUAUCUUUUACUGUUUGCUUAUUCGCUUAUUGAUGCGUAUUUAAAUUAGCACCUCUGCAAUAUAGAAAAUGAAUAUGUCAGGAAAAGGUUGACACCUUCUGUCUUUCUCUGAUUCUGCUUACUGCAUUUAUUCUGAUAAUUUAUCAUGUUUAUUUAAAUUGUCUGUAUAAGAGUAAUAUUUUAACAUUUUGAUGUGUUUAAAAUAAAGGUUUCAAGAAUGCAA